UAACCAUUCUUGUUCCCACACAACUCACUCACUCGCUCAUAUUUCUUUUUCUUCUGCUGAAUCAAAAUCAUCACCAUGGAGUCUUCACUCUGCACAUUACAAUCAAGUCUGUCAUCAAGUUUCAAAAGCUCAUUCGUAAUACCCAAAACCCAUUCCUCAAUUCAACACAACAAACAAAGAAAGUCUAUGUCUAUUAAUGCAGCAAUAAGUAGAACAAAGAAAGAAGAAACGGUAGAAACAGUGAAACAACAACUGGAGAACUGCCACCUUCUCGCUGGUAUCAAAUACAAAGGAUUAACAGUAAAACAAUUUCAGGAUUUAAGAAAAUCAUUACCAGAUAAUGUUAACCUAAUUGUUGCUAAAAACACACUAGUUGGUAAAGCUAUUGAAGGUACUCCAUGGGAAGCAUUGAAACCAUGUAUGAAAGGUAUGAAUGCUUGGAUGUUUGUUCACACUGAAGAAAUACCUGGUGCUAUUAAACCUUACAGGAAUUUCCAGAAAGAGAAGAAACUUGAAGAUAAUGAUUUUACUGGUGCUGUUUUUGAGGGCAAAUUUUAUGGUCCUGAUGAGUUUAAGUCGUUAGAGACAAUGCCUACAAGAGCUGAGAUCUAUGCUAAGUUGUUGGGAUCACUUCAGAGUCCUGCUUCAGCUUUGGUUGGUACACUUCAAGCUCCAGCUAGGGAUUUGGUUAUGGUUUUGAAAGCUUAUGUCAAGAAAUUGGAGGAGGAAAACGGUGGUGCCCAAUAGUGGGGUUUUAGCUUAUGGUGGUGCCAUGUAAGUUUGUUUAUUUUGUUUUCUUCAUUUUCUGUUUUAUUAUCAUGCUUAUCUUUUGUUUGCGAUAUUGUCAAAGUAAAUUAUUUAUCGCCUUGAACCGUUUUGUUGUAAUUUGAUUCGUAAUAUCGUUCACGGUAUGAUAUUUUGAGCUUACAGAAAUUUUUAGUGCAUUGA